AUGUCUAGACGAUGGGUUCUUACGGGCCAGAAGGGCUUUGAAGAAUCUUUGAAGUACGAAGAGAACGUGGAAUUGUCGCCGGAACCGGGCGCACACGAGGUUUUGGUUGAGCUGCACGCCGCCAGCCUCAACUAUCGCGAAAUUGUCCUCGCCAAUGUUGAGAAUGGCCCGGCAGGCCAGAUAGCCCCCAAUGUCGUUCCCGGAUCGGAUGGUGCGGGCAUAGUGAAGGCCGUGGGGUCAGAUGUGACGGCAUUCAAAGAAGGAGAUCGUGUCAUUGCUCAUUUGGCUCCUGGACUGGUCGAAUCUGACGGCGAUGAUGAAGCACCUGCCUACCCGAAUAUCGCAGCCGGCCUAGGACAAGCGGUUGAUGGGACUCUGCGAUCAGAGGGCAUCUUUUCCGAGUUCGCUCUCGUUCACGCCCCUGAGUCGCUUGGAUGGCUCGAAGCUGCCACGCUGACAUGCAGCGGAUUGACGGCAUGGAACUCCCUCUUUGGUCUCAAGGGGAGGGCAGUCGGACCUGGAGACUGGGUUCUUGUCCAAGGAACUGGGGGCGUGAGUAUUGCCGCCCUGCAGUUUGCUGUUGCAGCUGGUGCUGUUGUGGUUGCGACGACGUCGUCAGAAGAAAAGGCGGCGCGACUCAUGACACUUGGUGCAAAACACACGGUCAACUAUCGAUCAAACCCCGAUGGUUGGGGACAAGAAGCCAAAAAGUUCACCCCAAAAGGGAAAGGGUUCGACAUGGUUGUCGAUAUCGGCGGUGAUUCGACCCUCGCUCAAUCAUUGUCAGCAGUGCGUACCGACGGCAUCGUGGCCUCAGCGGGCCUGUUAGGUACGGCUGAUAAACCGGUUCCCCUUCUUUCGGUUCUGGGACAUGCUUGCACUGUUCGAGGUCUGCUUCUCGGCAGCAGGAGUCAGUUCCGGGACAUGGUGCGCUUUGUUGAUGAGAGGAAAGUCGUCCCUGCAGUAGAUGACGUGGUAUUCGAACUGAGUCAGGCUAAGGAUGCAUACAAGCGAUUGCACGAGCAGAAGCACUUCUCAAAGGUGAUAAUUCGGAUUGAUCACUAG